UUCCUCCUCCUGUCCUAUACAUCUGGUGUGUCACGAUGCUUGAUGGACUGAAAAUGGGGGAUAAUAUCCAGAAUGUCAUUGAGAACUCCUCCAAUCUGUCUUUAUUCGGACGAGCUCUGGAUCAGAAGUGGGUGUGUGAGGGCUGUGAUCGGGUGAUCUGUGAUCGUUUCCUCCUGAGGAUCAGUGACAGUCUAUGGCAUGAACAGUGUGCUCAGUGCUGUGCCUGUAAGGAGCCUCUGGAGAGCAGCUGCUUCUAUCGAGACAAUAAACUCUACUGCAAGACUGACUACGAGAAACUCUUUGCAGUGAAAUGCGGGUCCUGCCUAGAAACCAUCACUCCCAGUGAGUUUGUCAUGAGGGCACAAAAGAGCGUUUAUCAUCUCUCGUGCUUCUGCUGCUGUGUAUGCGAGAGGCAGCUUCAGAAAGGUGAUGAGUUUGUGUUGAAAGAUGGACAACUUCUCUGCAAGAGUGACUAUGAGAGAGAGCGGGAUCUUCUCAGCCUGGUGAGCCCGGCAGCCUCUGACUCAGGUAAAAGUGAAGAUGAUGAAGACGGUGGCAAAUUUGAAGACAGCAAAGGAGGAGAAGACAGCAAAGAUCCGAAAAGGCCUAAAAGACCUAGAACCAUUCUGACAACACAACAGCGAAGGGCCUUUAAAGCUUCAUUUGAGGUCUCGUCCAAACCAUGCAGAAAGGUGAGAGAGACACUUGCGGCAGAAACUGGCCUUAGUGUUCGUGUGGUACAAGUGUGGUUCCAAAAUCAACGAGCAAAGAUGAAGAAGUUGGCAAGGAGACAACAGCAACAGCAACAGCAGCAAGAUCAGCAAAACCCAUCACGGAUACCAGCAGCUCAAACACACAGUUCAAGUAACUCCAGUAUUGAAGGGAUCAUGAAUGUGUUCACAUCUCUUCCUCAACAACAACUACUAUCUGUGGAGCAGAACAUGUACAGCUCAGACCCAUUCCAGCAAGGACUCACACCACCACAGAUGCCAGGGGACCACAUGCACCCUUAUGGUGGAGAGACCCUGUUUCAUGAUAUGGAUAGCGAUGAUGCUUCUCUCAACCUGGGUGAAUGUCUCUUAGCAGCACCAGAAGUAGGUUCUCUGCAUUCCAGAGUGGGAAAUCCCAUUGAUCGUCUGUACUCCAUGCAAAGCUCCUAUUUCACUUCCUGA